CUACUAAUAUUAGAAGAACUGAAUAACUGAUAAUUGAUGAUGCAGAUGCUUCAAUGGAGCAGUACAUAUUUAUCCAACGUAGCAGGAGUAAUAGCUUUCGUGGUUUCACUGGUGUUGUGGGCAACAAGUUUCGAUCGAAUCAGGAGAAAGCGUUUUGAAGUUUUCUUCUAUGCUCACCAUCUCUACAUUAUCUAUGUAUUCUUCUACAUAUUGCAUGUGGGAGUUGCCUAUUUCUGCAUGAUUCUCCCUGGGAUUUUUCUCUUCCUGAUUGAUAGAUACUUAAGAUUCUUACAGUCAAGAAGGAAGGCCAGAUUAUUCUCAGCGCGCCUUUUGCCUAAUGGCUCCAUGGAACUCACUUUCUCCAAGAAUCCAGGAUUGAGUUUCAACCCCACGAGUGUCUUGUUUGUCCAUGUACCAAGCAUAUGCAAGCUGCAGUGGCACCCAUUUACAGUAAUUUCCAACAGUAACUUGGAGGCAGAUAAGCUCAGUAUUGCUAUAAAAACUGAGGGAAGUUGGACUCAAAAGCUCUAUAAACAACUGUCUUCUUCGUUGGAUCAUCUUCAAUUCUCAACUGAAGGACCUUAUGAACCUUCUUCAUCUCAUUUUCUGAGGUGUGUAUACAUAUUUUGUUUACAGCUUCAUGAAAUUAUACUUUUCUCACUAUAUAAAAGAA